AUGAAUCCCUUACUUUUCAGAAAUGCUAACAUUGUUGGGAGCCUGAUUAUGCAGGUUUCUACACCAGUUGUGCUUCCAGCAGAAAUGGGCUCCAAAAUCAGUGACAUCCUAGAGAACUUGUCUUCUGUUGGAAUUAAAAACUUGUCUCUGCAGACAAAGAAAUUAAUGCCUUUGGAGGAUAUUUCUGGGAAAACAUUGCAAGAAGUUGCACUGGAAGCAACACCUAUAACUAUGGUGCCAAAGAGGCAGGCGUCACCAAAUUAUGGAUCAAUAUUUAGGCAGCAUGCCUUUGGUAGGAGACUGGAAGAUGAAGAAAUUCAAUAUGGUUGGAGUUAUGAAUAUGAAAGCUCAGGUUUAGAUGGUGAUGCAAUGGACUCAGGCUGGGCAUGUGUUGAUUUUGCUUCUUUAGCAAUGGAUCUGAUUGAGAUGCUGUCAAUUGAAGGAUUGAAAAUUCAGUCCAGCAUGUCUGAUGUGGAUGCACCUUCAUGCAUCAAAAUCCACCCCAUCGAGAAGAAUUUCGAGUGGAAUAAUAACUAUUUGGUUAGGUUGCUCAGUUCAGAAGGAGCUGCAGAAUUGCAACAACUCGAUGUCGGGGAUGAUGCUGAUGAUGUUGAUGAAUUGAUGAAUUUGUCUGUAACAUUAGACGAGUGGUUAAAGCUGGAUUGUGGAAUUAUUGGAGAUGAAGAUCAUAUUAACAAGCACAGGUUAAAGAUCCUGGCAGCCCAUCAUGCUAAAUGCAUAGAUUUGGUUGGGGGAAACAUGACUGGGAACCUCAACUGGGAUGAGGCAUCUGGUGAAAACCAAGGUUUGUUGGGAAAUAAUCUUACAGUAGCUCUCAGGGUGUUGCUUAGAGAUCCUCUUCGAAACUAUGAACCUGUUGGUGCCUCAAUGCUAGCACUAUUUCAGAUGGAGAGAUUUGUUCUCCCUUUCAAGUCAAAAAUACACAGCACAAUCUUAAAUAGAAAUGAGGAAAAGGAAAAUGAAGCCAGCUUAAAUGAGUCAGGUUACCAAGACAAUGAGAAAGAAUUAAAAGGAACUCGGAAGUUUAAAAUUUUGGAAGUCCAUCUUGCAGGGUUGAACACAGAGCUCCGUAGAAAUCAGAUUUGGGGUACCAAGACACAGCAACAGUCUGGUACCCGCUGGCUGUUAGCUAGUGGCAUGGCUAAGUCCAGUAAACAUCCAGUAUCGAAGUCAAAGGCCAUUGUAAUAUCUAACAGACAAGGGAGUAGAAAGGUGCAGAAUGAGGAUGUCUUGUGGAGCAUAACCUCUAAUUCCCAUGAUACAAGUAAUUGGCAAGACUCAACUGGACUGGCUUCAUACAUUCGAAACCCAGACAUUGUAAUUCCAAGUGAAUUUUCCAGCUUGGCGAUUGAAUCUUGGAAACCAAAGCCGUAACUCAGAAAGAAAAGAGGAAAGGACAAUAAUUAACCAGUAAUGGUAAUGCAAAGACAAAGAACAUCAACAUCAGCCUACCGUCGAGGAAAGGAAAGUGAAGAAACAAAAAUGAAGAUGAGUCAGGUCUUCAAUAAAGGAAUGGCCAAGUUAGCAAGCAAGCUCCACUUUCACUUUUCUGUCCAUAAGGCACGCUAUAGCAGACUACACUAAAUAAGUAAAACUUCGAGUUUAAUGAUCA